AUGGCUAAGAGAUAUAAUACUACAAAAGCCAAAUCUAUUCUAGCAUUAACAUUCUUUCUUUAUAAUAUGAAUCCUGGUACAGAUCCUCUUGUACGAGUGAAAAGUAGUACUAAAAUUCAUGUACAGAUUGAAUCUAUUAAGUGUAGAAAAACUGGUAACAAAGAAAAUCAGGAUACUCAAGUUAUACCAGCAUGCAAAGUUAAAACAAUUGGUAAAAAGAAGUAUAAUUUUAGUGAAAAU